AUGGCUGCUCUACCUAUAGACCCGAUAGCGCAGCCUCGGAUGUACCAGCAAACGCUCCUUCAAGAUGGAUUGUGUGACCUCUUGGAAAAUGACAAGUUUGUGGACUGUGUCCUCAAAGUUCAGGACAAAGACUUCCCCUGCCACCGCUUGGUUUUAGCAGCCAGUAGCCCCUUCUUCAAAGCCAUGUUCCUGUCUGACCUGGAGGAGAGCAAGGCACGUGACGUGGUCCUCAAUGAUGUUGAGCCUGGAACAAUGGGGAUAAUCUUGCGCUGCCUCUACACCUCUGACAUCAAUUUGACGGAACAGAACGUCCAGGACAUCUUCAUGGUCUCUAACAUGUACCAGAUUCCAUCCAUCUUUUCUGUUUGUGUAUCCUAUCUUCAAGAGAAGCUGGUGCUAGGCAACUGUUUGGCUAUCUUCAGGCUGGGGCUGCUCUUGGACUGUCCUAGGCUUGCCUCAACUGCUCAGGAGUUCAUCUGUGAACGCUACCAGGUUGUAAUCAGAGACCAGGACUUCCUGCAACUCACCGCAACUGAGCUGGCCCUCAUCAUCAACUCAGAUGCACUUAAUGUGGAGCGGGAAGAACUGGUCUUUGAAUCACUGAUGGACUGGGUCGGAUACAAUGAAAAAGAAAGGGUAAAGGAAUUGGCAGAUUUGUUGCACUGCAUCCGCUUCAGAUUAAUACCUUUGGAGUACUUUAAAGAAAAAGUGGAACUCCAUCAAUAUAUCCAGUUUAACCAAGACAUCAAGAAAGAGUUGGAUCUGGUUAAGGAUGCUUAUAAAGGUCGUCUCCCAAAGCCAAAGUCUGAAAGAACAGAGGGAGAAGGAAGUGAGGAGGAUGAGGAGGGUUAUCAGCCUGGAAUACUCAACAACAACCCUCGUUUUGGGAUGUUUGAGAUGGAUUUGCUACUUAUGAUCAGUGAAACGGGGACCAUGGCCUAUGAACCAGUGGAAAAUGAGUGCUUUGUGGUGUCAGACUCUAGAGAAAUUCCAAAGAAUCACUGUAGUCUGGUAACUAAAGAGAACCAGGUGUUUGUUGUGGGCGGGCUUUUUUACAAUGAGGAGAACCAAGAUGAACCCUUCAGCUCUUACUUCUUACAGUUCGACCCAGUAAGUUCAGAAUGGUUAGGAAUGCCUUCACAACCCAGCCCUCGGUGCUUGUUUGGAAUGACAGAAAUAGAGAAUUCCAUCUAUGUUGUUGGCGGCAAGGAAUUGAAGGAAGGGGACCACGUUCUGGAAUCAGUCAUGAUCUAUGACAGACAGUCAUUCAAAUGGGGAGAAUCGGACCCUCUUCCUUAUGCUGUGUACGGCCAUGGAACUGUGUCACACAAAGGGCUUGUCUAUGUUAUUGGAGGGAAAUCGGAAAGCAAGAAGUGCCUGAGGAGAGUCUGUGUCUACAACCCCACUAAAUUUGAGUGGAAGGACUUGGCCCCCUUAAAGACAGCCCGCUCUCUGUUUGGUGUUGAAGUCCACCAGGACCAGAUCUUUGUUGUGACAGGGGUUACAGAUACAGGUCUCACCAGUUCUGUGGAGGUCUAUGACAUAGCCAGGAACAUCUGGUCUGAGUUUACAGAGUUCCCUCAGGAGCGCAGUUCCCUCAGUCUAAUGGCCAUGGGGGGCUUCCUGUAUGCCGUGGGGGGCUUUGCCAUGAUGCCCAGUGAAACCAGUGAGGAGCCUGUCCCAACAGAAAUGACUGACAUCUGGAGAUAUGAUGAGACAGAGAAGUGCUGGAGUGGGAUUCUACGAGAGAUUAUCUAUGCAGAGGGAGCCACCAUUGUUCCAGUCCGUCUCAACACUCUGCGCUUCAACAAACUAUAA